UAUUAUGAUCAUAUUAUUAUUAUUAUUAAUUUUUCUCUCUCUUAUCUUUAAUAUAUUAUUAUUAUCAUCAUCAUCAUCAUCAUCAUAUUAUUAUUAUUAUUAUUUAUUAAUUUUUCUCUCCCCCUCUUAUCUAUAAUUUUUUAUUAUUAUUAUUAUUAUUAUUAUUAUUAUUAUUAUUAUUAUUACUAUUAUUACUAUUAUUACUAUUACUAUUAGUAUUAUUCUCAUCAUUUAUUAUUAUUAUUAUUACUAUUAUUAUUACUAUUAUUAUUAUUAGGGUGGAAGGCGCACGGCGAGACCUUCGUGGCGCACGCUGACCCCGAAGAAUUCGCCAUCUUGGUCACGGAGAAGAACAGCACCCACGGGCUCAGCACCAGCGCCAAGCUUUACGGUGCGUCCCAAUCCCCGCAGCGUGAAAUCCAGCGCACGUGCGAGAGAUUCCGUGCGAAUGCGAGCGUGAAAUCUAGCUCCACUGCGUGAAAUCGAGCUGAAUUGUGGGAGAUUCCGUGCAAAUGCGAAUGUGAAAUCUAGCUCAAGUGUGGGAGAUUCUGUGCAAAUGCGAGCGUGAAAUCUAGCUCCGCUGCGGGAGAUUCCGUGCAAAUGCGAGCGUGAAAUCUAGCUCACGUGCGAGAGAUUCCGUGCAAAUGCGAGUGUGAAAUCUAGCUCCACUGGGUGAAAUCGAGCUGAAUUGUGGGAGAUUCCGUGGCAAUCCGUGCAAGCUCCCCGCAGUGUGAAAUCGAGCUGAAUUGUGGGAGAUUCCGUGCAAAUCUGUGCAAGCUCCCGCAGCGUGAAAUGUAGCUGAAUUGUGGGAGAUUCCGUGCAAAUGCGUGCAAGCUCCCCGCAGCGUGAAAUCUAGCUGAAUUGUGGGAGAUUCCGUGCAAAUGUGACCGUGAAAUAUAGCUCCGCUGCGGGAGAUUCAGUGCAAAUGCGAGCGUGAAAUCUAGCUCCGCUGCGGGAGAUUCCGUGCAAAUGCGAGGGAGCUCCCCGCAGCGUGAAAUCUAGCUGAAUUGUGGGAGAUUCCGUGCAAAUGUGAGCGUGAAAUCUAGCGCCGCAGCGGGAUAUUCCGUGCAAAUGUGAGCGUGAAAUCAAGCUCCGCUGCGGGAGAUUCCGUGCAAAUGCGAGGGAGCUCCCCACAGCGUGAAAUGUAGUUCAAGAUUCCGUGCAAAUGCGAGGAAGCUCCCCGCAGCGUGAAAUCUAGCUCAUUCCGUGCAAAUGCGAGGAAGCUCCCCGCAGCGUGAAAUCUAGCUGAAUUGUGGGAGAUCCCGUGCAAAUACAUGCAAGCUCCCCGCAGCGUGAAAUCUAGCUCAAGUGUGGGAGAUUCCGUGCAAAUACAUGCAAGCUCCCCGCAGCGUGAAAUCAAGCUGAAUUGUGGGAGAUUCCGUGCAAAUGCAAGGAAGCUCCCCGCAGCGUGAAAUCUAGCUCAUUUCGUGCAAAUGAGAGGAAGCUCCCGCAGCGUGAAAUCUAGCACAAAUGCAGGAGAUUCCGUGCAAAUUCGAGGAAGCUCCCCGCAGCGUGAAAUCUAGCUCAUUCCGUGCAAAAGUGAGGGAGUUCCCCGCAGCGUGAAAUCUCGCUGAAUUGUGGGAGAUUCCGUGCAAAGGCGUGCAAAUCUUGUAAGGACUUGAACCCGUGUCUCCCGUUGCAGGACGGAGCCCGGCGCUGAGGGAGGACCUGGUGGAGGACUUCCGGCGGCGGGCCCUUGCACUAGGGAUCCCAGAGGAGGCCAUCUUUGUCCUGAGCAACCAAGGUGAGUUGCGGGGCGGGGAGGCGGCGGGUUCGAAUUUCACAGAUUUGCACACUUGGGACACUGAUGUCGCACACUUCUGUUGCGCGUUCCCAAAUUUCUGACACCAAUGUUGCACAUUCGAACGUUUCGGACACCAGUGUUGCAGGAUCCCCCACUUCUGACACCAAUGUUGCACGCUUCUUACACCGAUGUCGCACACUUCUGUUGCACGCUCCCAAGUUUCUGACGCCAAUGUUGCACAUUCAAAGAUUUCUGACACCAGUGUUGCACAUUCGCACAUUUCGGACACCAGUGCUGCACAUUCGCACAUUUCGGACACCUAUGUCGCACAUUCCCACGUUUGUGACACCAAUGUUGCAUACUUCUGACACCAAUGUGGCGCACUUCUGACACCAGUGUUGCACAUUCUCACACUUAGGACACCAGUGUUGCACUACCCACAUUUCUGACACCAAUGUUGCACAUUCUCACACUUAGGACACCAGUGUUGCACUACCCACAUUUCUGACACCAAUGUUGCACCUUCUCACACUUAGGACACCAGUGUUGCACUACCCACAUUUCUGACACCAAUGUUGUACAUUCGAACAUUUCUGACACCAAUGUCACACACUUCUGACACGGAUGUGGCGCACUUCUCACACCGAUGUCGUGCGCUUGACACCGAUGUUGCACAUUCGAACGUUUCUGACACCAAUGUUGCACGUUUUGACACCAAUGUUGCACACUUCUGACACAGCUGUUGCACGCUUCUGACACCGAUGUUGCGCACUUCUGUCGCACAUUCCCAAGUUUCUGACACCAAUAUUGCACAUUCCUACGUUUCAGACACCAGUGUUGCACACUUCUAACACCGAUUUCGCACCCUUCUGACACCGAUGUUGCACACUUUGCGGGUUCAAAUUCCUGCCUACCUCUGACACCAAUGUUGCAGAUCCCCACGUUUCGGACACCAAUGUUGCACACCUCUGACACCCAUGUUGCACCCUUCUGACACCAAUGUCACGCACUUCUGACACCCAUGUUACACACUAUGCUGAGCACUUCUGACCCCGAUGUUGCACACUUCUGACACCGAUGUCACGCACUUCUGACACCCAUGUUGCACACUUCGUUGAGCACUUCUGACCCCGAUGUUGCACACUUCUGACACCGAUGUCACGCACUUCCGACACCCAUGUUACACACUAUGCUGAGCACUUCUGACCCCGAUGUUGCACGCUUCUGACACCGAUGUCACGCACUUCCGACACCCAUGUUACACACUUUGCUGAGCACUUCUGACACCGAUGUUGCACGUUUCUGACACUUCGCCUAUAGAUGUGGGAAUCGGGGUUUUUCCGGGCGCAAAAGGGGUCAUCUAGUCUGACCCGCUUUCCCGCACCCCGAACGUGAAAAUGCCCCCUCCGAACCCGGGUUCAAACCCCUUCUCUCUUUGCACAGGGGAGUGCGUCCCGCCCAAGGCCGAAGAUGCGCCCCAGGUAAGUGACCCCCAAGCGGACCCCCGUUGCACCCUGCAUCUGACGUCACUUGUGAACGCAGACUGGUAUCUGGGGCUGGGUGACCCAUAGGGUGAUUUGGGGGUGAAAUACGCCCCACUUGUGACACCCAUAGGGUGUUACUUGGGGGUCAAAUACGCCCCACUUGUGCGCCUAUAGGGUGCGGCCUUAUUUGGGGGUCAAUUACGCCCCAUGGAAAUCUGGCAACCCCACUUCUGACACCAGUGUUGCACGUUCGCACACUUCUGACACCCAUGUUGCACAUCCUCCCACAUUUCUGACACCAGUGUUGCACAUCCUCCCACAUUUCUGACACCAGUGUUGCACAUUCGCACACUUCUGACACCCGUGUUGACAUCCUCCCACAUUUCUGACACCAGUGUUGCACAUUUGCACGCUUCUGACACCCAUGUCGCACAUCCCCCCACAUUUCUGACACCAGUGUUGCACAUUCGCACGCUUCUGACACCCAUGUUGCACAUUCCCACGUUUUCCAGGAGAGGGUGCGCAGGACCCCCUUGUUCGAGGAAGAAGGCUCGGCCGACGGAUUCGCACCCGCGUUCCCGGACGUCAAGGAAGGUGGGUUUGGCACGCUACUUCUCACGAGGCAGGGAGUUCCCCGGAUUUCGCACGCUACUUCGUCAGAUUUCGCACGCUACUUCGUCAGAUUUCGCACGCUGCUUUUCAUGAGGCAGGGAGUUCCCCCAGAUUUCGCACGCUACUUUGUCAGAUUUUGCGCGCUACUUUUCACGAGGCAGGGAGUUCCCCAUAUUUCGCACGCUACUUCGUCAGAUUUCGCACGCUACAUUUCACCAUGCAGGGAGUUCCCCAUAUUUCGCACGCUGCUUCGUCAGAUUUCGCACGCUACUUUUCAUGAGGCAGGGAGUUCCCCAGACUCUGCCUGCUACAUUUCACCAUGCAGGGAGUUCCCCAGAUUUCGCACGCUACUUAGUCAGAUUUCGCACGCUACUUAGUCAGAUUUCGCACGCUACUUUUCAUGAGGCAGGGAGUUCCCCAGACUCUGCCUGCUACAUUUCACCAUGCAGGGAGUUCCCCAGAUUUCACAUUGUACUUAUGCAGGAAGUUCCCCGGAUUUCGCACGCUACUUCCUCAGAUUUCGCACGCUACUUCUCACGAGGCGGGGAGUUUCCCAGAUUUCGCACGCUACUUCGUAAGAUUUUGCACGCUACUUUUCAUGAGGCAGGGAGUUCCCCAGACUCUGCCUGCUGCAUUUCACCAUGCAGGGAGUUCCCCAGAUUUCGCACGCUACUUCGUCAGAUUUCGCACGCUACUUUUCAGGAGGCAGGGAGUUCCCCAGACUCUGCCUGCUACAUUUCACAAUGCAGGGAGUUCCCCAGAUUCCGCACGCUACUUCGUCAGAUUUCGCACGCUACUUUUCACGAGGCAGGGAGUUCCCAAGAUUUUGAACGCUACUUCGUCAGAUUUCGCACGCUACUUCUCAUGAGGCGGGGAGUUCCCCGGUUUUCGCACGCUACUUUGUCAGAUUUCGCACGCUACUUUUUGCGAGGCAGGGAGUUCCCCAGAUUUCGCACGCUACUUCGUCAGAUUUCGCACGCUACUUUGUCAGAUUUUGCACGCUACUUUUCACGAGGCAGGGAGUUCCCCGGAUUUCGCACGCUACUUUGUCAGAUUUCGCACGCUACUUCGUCAGAUUUCGCACGCUACUUUUCAUGAGGCAGGGGGUUCCCAGAUUUCGCACGCUACUGCAGCAGAUUUCGCACACUACUUUUCAUGAGGCAGGGAGUUCCCCGGAUUUCGCACGCUACUUCGUCAGAUUUCGCACGCUACUUGGUCAGAUUUCGCACGCUGCUUCUCACGAGGCAGGGAGUUCCCCAUAUUUCGCACGCUACUUAGUCAGAUUUCGCACACUACUUCAUCAGAUUUCCCACGCUACUUUUCAUGGGGCAGGGAGCUCCCCAGAUUUCACACGCUACUUCGUCAGAUUUCGCACGCUACUUUUCAUGAGGCGGGGAGUUCCCCAGAUUUCGCACGCUACUUCGUCAGAUUUCGCACGCUACUUUUCAUGAGGCAGGGAGUUCCCCAGACUCUGCCUGCUGCAUUUCACCAUGCAGGGAGUUCCCCAGAUUUCGCACGCUACUUAGUCAGAUUUCGCACGCUACUGCAGCAGAUUUCGCACUCUACUUUUAAUGAGGCAGGGAGUUCCCCAGAUUUCGCACGCUACUUCGUCAGAUUUCGCACGCUACUUUUCAUGAGGCAGGGAGUUCCCAAGAUUUCGCACGCUACUUCGUCAGAUUUCGCACGCUACUUCUCAUGAGGCAGGGAGUUCCCGGUUUCGCACGCUACUUCGUCAGAUUUCGCACGCUACUUUUCACGAGGCAGGGAGUUCCCCAGAUUUCACAUUGUACUUAUGCAGGGAGUUCCCCAGAUUUCGCACGCUACUUCGUCAGAUUUCGCACGCUGCUUCUCAGGAGGCAGGAGUUCACCAGACUCUGCCUGCUACAUUUCACCAUGCAGGGAGUUCCCCAUAUUUCGCACGCUACUUCUCAUGAGGCAGGGAGUUCCCCAGAUUUCGCACGCUACUUAGUCAGAUUUCGCACGCUACUUUUCAUGAGGCAGGGAGUUCCCAGACUCUGCUUGCUACAUUUCACCAUGCAGGGAGUUCCCCAGAUUUCACAUUGUACUUAUGCAGGGAGUUCCCCAGAUUUCGCACACUACUUUUCACGGGGCAGGGAGUUCCCCAGAUUUCCCACGCUACUUUUCACGAGUCAGGGAGUUCCCCAAAUUUCGCACGCUACUUAGUCAGAUUUCGCACGCUACUUUUCAUGAGGCGGGGAGUUCCCCAGAUUUCGCACGCUACUUUUCACGAUGCAGGGAUCUCCCCAGAUUUCGCACGCUACUUAGUCAGAUUUCGCACACUACUUUUCAAGAUGCAGGGAGCUCCCCAGAUUUCACACGCUACUUUUCACGAGGCAGGGAGUUCCCCAGAUUUCGCACACUACUUUUCACGAGGCAGGGAGUUCCCCAGAUUUCGCACACUACUUUUCACGAGGCAGGGAGUUCCCCAUAUUUCGCACGCUACUUCGUCAGAUUUCGCACGCUACUUUUCAUGAGGCAGGGAGUUCCCCAGAUUUCACAUUGUACUUAUGCAGGGAGUUCCCCAGAUUUCGCACGCUACUUCGUCAGAUUUCGCACACUACUUUUCAUGAGGCAGGGAGUUCCCCGGAUUUCGCACGCUACUCAGUCAGAUUUCGCACGCUACUUUUCAUGAGGCAGGGAGUUCCCCAGACUCUGCCUGCUACAUUUCACAAUGCAUGGAGUUCCCCAGAUUUCGCACGCUACUUAGUCAGAUUUCGCACGCUACUUUUCAUGAGGCGGGGAGUUCCCCAGAUUUCGCACGCUGCUUCGUCAGAUUUCGCACGCUUCUUUCAUGAGGCAGGGAGUUCCCCAGACUCUGCCUGCUACAUUUCACCAUGCAGGGAGUUCCCCAGAUUUCACAUUGUACUUAUGCAGGGAGUUCCCCGGAUUUCGCACGCUACUUCGUCAGAUUUCGCACACUACUUUUCACGAGGCAGGGAGUUCCCCAGAUUUCACAUUGUACUUAUGCAGGGAGUUCCCCGGAUUUCGCACGCUACUUCGUCAGAUUUCGCACACUACUUUUCACGAGGCAGGGAGUUCCCCAGAUUUCACAUUGUACUUAUGCAGGGAGUUCCCCGGAUUUCGCACGCUACCUCGUCAGAUUUCGCACGCUACUUUUCACCAUGCAGGGAGUUCCCCAGAUUUCACAUUGUACUUAUGCAGGGAGUUCCCCAGAUUUCGCACGCUACUUAGUCAGAUUUUGCACGCUACUUUUCAUGAGGCAGGGAGUUCCCCAGACUCUGCCUGCUGCAUUUCUCCAUGCAGGGAGUUCCCCAGAUUUCGCACGCUACUUAGUCAGAUUUCGCACGCUACUGCAGCAGAUUUCGCACACUACUUUUCACGAGGCAGGGAGUUCCCCGGAUUUCGCACGCUACUUCGUCAGAUUUCGCACGCUACUUCGUCAGAUUUCGCACGCUGCUUCCCAUGAGGCAGGGAGUUCCCCAGACUCUUCCUGUUACUUUUCACCAUACAGGAAGUUCCCCAGAUUUCGCACGCUACUUUGUCAGAUUUCGCACGCUACUUCGUCAGAUUUUGCACGCUACUUUUCAUGAGGCAGGGAGUUCCCCAGAUUUCACAUUGUACUUAUGGAGGGAGUUCCCCAGAUUUCGCACGCUACUUGGUCAGAUUUCGCACGCUACUUCGUCCGAUUUCGCACGCCGCUUCUCACGAGGCAGGCAGUUCCCCAGACUUCCACUUCCUCUUCCUCUCCAGCCGACUGCCAGCUGCCCCGGGACGCCGGCCCCUGCCUGGGCGCCGAGUUGCGCUACUUCUACAACGCCAGCGCCCAGUCGUGCCAGAGCUUCCUGUACGGCGGCUGCCUGGACGCGCCAACCGCUUCCUGUCCGAGCGGGCCUGUCUGCAGACGUGCCGGACCGAAGGUGAGACGCUCUAGGAACCUCUCCCCAACUUCCUCUUUCUCUGGCUCCGACUUCCUCUCUAGGAACCUCUCCCCAACUUCCUCUUUCUCUGGCUCCGACUUCCUCUCUAGGAACGUCUCCCCAACUUCCUCUUUCUCUCUACUUCUCUCCAACUUCCUCCCCAAGUUCCUCUCCCCAACUUCCUCUUCCUCCGGCUCCCACUUCCUCUUCCACCGGAGCCUGUCUAGGAACGUCUCCCCAACUUCCUCUUCCUCCGGCUCCCACUUCCUCUUCCUGUGGAGCCUCUCUAGGAACCUCUCCCCAACUCUCCUCUCCUCUUCCCCAGCAGUUUCUGAUUGGAUCCUCUGGCCAGGGGCGGGGACCCACUUCCUCUUCCUCCGGCUCCCACUUCCUCUUCCCCCCCAAUUCCUCUUCCCCCCCCCCCACAGCCUCUCUAGGAACCGCUUCCCAACUCUCCUCUCCUCUCCCCCUGCCGCCUGCCCAUCACCCCCGGAGCUUCCCGUCCGUCCAAACUUCUCUUCCUCCGGCUCCCACUUCCUCUUCCUCCGGCUCCCGCUUCCUCUUCCUCCGGCCCCCACUUCCUGUGGAGCCUCUCUAGGAAUGUCUACUGAAACUCUCCUCUCCCCCUGCCACCUGCCCAUCACCCCCGGAGCUUCCUGUCCGUCCAAAUUUCUCUUCCUCCGGCUCCCACUUCCUCUUCCUCCGGCUCCCACUUCCUCUUCCUCGGGCUCCCACUUCCUGUGGAGCCUCUCUCGCAACCUCUCCCCAACUUCCUCUUCCUCUCUAGGAAUGACUCCCCAAGUUCCACUUCCUCCGGCUCCCACUUCCUCUUCCCCCCCGCACAGCCUCUCUAGGAACCUCUCCCCAACUCUCCUCUCCUCUUCCCCAGCAGUUUCUGAUUGGAUCCUCUGGCCAGGGGCGGGGACCCACUUCCUCUUCCUCUGGCUCCCACUUCCUCUUCCUCCAGCUCCCACUUCCUCUUCCCCCGUAUCCUCUCUAGGAACGUUUCCCCCACUUCCUCCUGAGCCUCUCUAGCAACCUCUCUCCCAACUCUCCUCUCCUCUUCCCCAGCAGUUUCUGAUUGGAUCCUCUGGCCAGGGGCGGGGACCCACUUCCUCUUCCUCCGGCUCCCACUUCCUCUUCCCCCCGUAUCCCCUCUAGGAACUUUCUCUUUUCCCACUUCCUCCUGAGCCUCUCUAGGAAUCUCUCCCCAACUCCCUCUUCUUCCAGCUCCCACUUCCUCUUCCUCCACCUCCUGCUUCCUCUUCCUCCGGCCCCCACUUCCUGUGGAGCCUCUCUAGGCCCGCCUCCCAACUCUCCUCUCCUCUCCCCCAGCCGCCUGCCGCCUGCCCAUCACCCCCGGAGCUUCCUGUCCGUCAAAAUUUCUCUUCCUUCAACUCCCACUUCCUCUUCCCAUUGGAUCCUCUCUAGCAACCUCUCCCAACUUCCUCUUCCUCCGGCUCCCAUUUCCUCUUCCUCUGGCUCCCACUUCCUCUUCCCCCGGAACCUCUCUAGCAACCUCUCCCCAACUUCCUCUUCCUCUCCAGGAAUGACUACCCAAGUUCCACUUCCUCCGGCUCCCACUUCCUCUUCUUCCAGCUCCCACUUCCUCUCCCCCCCCCCGAGCCUCUCUAGGAACAUCUCCUCAACUUCCUCUUCCUUCAACUCCCACUUCCUCUUCCCAUUGGAUCCUCUCUAGGAAUGUCCGUCAAAAUUUCUCUUCCUCCUGCUCCCACUUCCUCUUCCUCCGGUUCCCACAUCCUCUUCCUCCGGCUCCCGCUUCCUCUUCCUCUUCCCCCACUUCCUCUUCCCCCCACUUCCUCUCCCCCCCACUUCCUCUCCCCCCCACUUCCUCUUCCCCCACAGCCUCUCUAGCAACCUCUCCCCAACUCCCUCUUCUUCCAGCUCCCACUUCCUCUUCGGCUCCCACUUCCUCUUCCUCCACCUCCCACUUCCUCUUCCCCCGGCCCCCACUUCCUGUGGAGCCUCUCUAGGACCGCCUCCCGACUCUCCUCUCCUCUCCCCCAGCCGCCUGCCGCCUGCCCAUCACCCCGGAGCUUCCUGUCCGUCAAAAUUUCUCUUCCUCCGGCUCCCGCUUCCUCUUCCUUCAACUCCCACUUCCUCUUCCCAUUGGAUCCUCUCUAGCAACCUCUCCCAACUUCCUCUUCCUCCGGCUCCCACUUCCUGUGGAGCCCCUCUAGCAAGCUCUCCCCAACUUCCUCUUCCUCUCUAGGAAUGACUCCCCAAGUUCCACUUCCUCC